UUACGGCAAAAGAUAGAGCAACUGGUCGUAAGGCAAACAUUACAAUUUCGAAUUCUGUUGGUCGACUGUCAGCGGCAGACAUCGAUCGCAUGAUAGGGGAAUCGGAAAGAUUCAAAGAAGAAGAUAAAAAGAGUCAAGAAAAGGUAGAAGCCAAGCAGGAUCUCGAGAAUUAUGUUUAUCAGAUUGAGAAUACACUUAAUGAGCCCAAUGUUGCAAUGAAACUGAAACGAAAUGACAAGGAAUCAAUCGAAAAGGCACUUUCAGAGGCGCUCGAAUUUCUUGACAUUGCCAACGACUCUGUUGGCAAAGAAGAAAUUAACGCUACGAAGAAAAAAUUACAGCGCAGCGUCACUCGUGCAUUCGCUUCGCUUAAUCGCUAG